AUGAACCGCCGUCUCAGCACCAAGCUUAUCGGUUUCCUCGCCCUUCUGUCUCAGAACCCAGGUCUUCCACCAGCGACUAGAGACCAGGCCACUUACAUUACCGCUUCGUACUCUGAACACAGAAACGUGUACCGACUGAUGGCCCAGAUCUCUGCUCUGAGCAAUGGGGAGACGGUGAUCAAUUUGUCUCAUAGAACGCGGUCGAUGACAGAGGACAGACACGCCCCUACCUCCCGCUUUGGAGUAUGCCUGCAAGCCCUUAUGACCGACUUUCGCAUCGCUCCCACCGUUCCCGACUUUGAAGGCCAUCCUAUUGAGCUGUACAGUAUACUCGACCCUGUCAUCGAGAGCUGGAUAAGCGGGGAACAGGAGUUUGAGUUUCACAGAGCCCUUCUUUCAAUGGAGAAGAGAGCGAACGAACACCUUGCGCAUCUUACAAGAAAAUAUGGCUACCAUUUCAUUUUUAGAAUUGGUCUCCAGCAGUACUACAUGACGCGUACUGUCGCUGAGAAUAUCAGCUUCUGGCGGCAUGACCCCCGUAAAACCGACGACCUUGUUCAAGCCCAGAAGCUCUGCUACGAUGUAUUUGAACGCCAGCUCCGUCUGAGUGAAGCCGAAAAAAUGAUCCUGAUCCAAGUCACCAAUUCCUCGGGUCGGGAUGCGAAGAUGUUCUGGCGUUGGCUAGAAGACAACCGCGUGGCCUACUUCGCAAUGCAAACUUGCAUCACGUUGCUGGACAAGCUUGGCAACGAGGGCACCAAAGCUGCGAACUAAGCCAUAUGAGUCUCAGAUCCCCUGGAUGCAACCUAGAAAAUCAGGCAGUAUCGACGGAGUCUAUCCUCUGUAUCGGCCUAUCUUGGUAUCCGACGAUCUGUUCAGGGUAGAUGUUCGACUCCAGCAAAGUUCAUCGUCUAUUUGUCACGACUAUCACGAACAGAACAUGUUUUCACUAUUUCGAUGAUUCAUGGUUUCAUUAUGUCUAUGGCAUCGUUGGUCAUUUUUUCUUUUUCUUUUUCUUUCUCUUUCUUGUUUCUCAUGUUUGUGAUCGAUGGGUGAUGGAGUAGGAAUUAGGCAGGUCGAUAUGUGAUCGUGUUUCAUUCUUUUAAG